AUGUGCCAGUCAGCCUGGGUUUUUUCAAGUUCUUGUCCCAAAUGUUAUUCUGACGUCAAAUGUGACAAGUACAGAGACUGUUGCCCUGACGUGCUGCUGGGUCAGCCGAGGACAACUGUCAAUCAACAUCCAGAUGUCUACAGGUGUAUCAGCCUGGAACCUGUUCCAGAAAAUGAACUGCCUCUGACUGUGUCUGCCCUAUCAUUUUGUCCGUCCGAUGACGGAAGAACAUCAGGAAGUCAGGUGGAGAGACUUCGAAGCAAAUGUGACACGGCCAACGCAAGCGUCUCUAAAGAUGCCUGGGAGAUGUUACCUGUCUCAUCUCUCGACACUGGCACCGUGUACAGGAACAUUUACUGCGCCCAGUGCAACAACGACAGCUACAACAUCUCCAUAUGGCAGGUGUCCAUCACCUGCUUCCCCACUAUCUCUGACCUGCUGAGUCUAGCCGGGACUAAAGAAGACGCCAUUCUGCUACUCUCGACUGAAGAAGGACAGAAUAAAGCAAAGUGCACAAUGGAUGAGUGUCAUGAGCAGCUGUGUACUGAGGGUAAAUAUCUGACGUCAUCAGGCGAGUGCCGAAGUCUCGUAUCCUCCAACAUGCUGGGGUACCAAGUAUGCCUCGUGUUUGACGUCAGCACGGACCAGCCUUUGGACGUCAGCGAUGCUGAAGGUUUGACCAUGUGGACGCCUAUCUACACGUUUAAAUCUAUUCUAGAACACGUCCUAGCUUUAGACAACUGGUGCCCUAACAACACCAGGACAUCAGUCCACUGGCAGGCUAAGAUAUCCAGAGAAGGUUUUCUUGAAGACUUGGAGCAAGACUUAGAGAAGGCUAUCCUCAAUUACAAACAAUUUAUUGAGGGCCUGCUCGGCAGAAACCUUUCACAUUUUAGCUAUAGAUUCUUAGACGCAUGUCUCAGUGUGUUUUCUAUUGAUCAUACGUGUUUAGCAGAUAGCAAACCAUUUCAGCCCAUCAUAGUUUUGGGACUUUUCCCAGAAAAAAAUGUACUAGACAAGGUACAUUUCAUAUACUACUCAGCAGUCACAAACUGCAGUUUUCUAGAACUGCCAAGAAGCAAAUUUCUGGAUAAAUUGGACGACAAUUUAGAGUUCACACCAAUGAAAAAAGAUAUUUCGUCAAGAAAAAUUUACUUGGUUAACGAAACUAUUGUACGCUUGUGUGUGUCGGACUACAGAGAUCUUAUAACAGCUGACUUUAACAAUACAAAUACACGGGAUAACCAAACACUGAAACUUUUGCAUGACAUUUCAACAACAGGAGGAUUGAUCUCAGUUAUCUGUACGGGAAUAUCCCUCACCUGUCUUCUGCUGACAUUCAUCACAUAUCUUCUGCUGCCUACAUUGAGAUCUGCUAGCGGCAAAAACCUCAUGGUGCUAAUCCUGACUUUAUUUUUAGCCCAAACAUUUUAUCAGUUUACACUGGAACAUUCUGAAGACCAGACGACAUGUCUCGUGUUUGGAGUGCUCAUCCAUUACACGUGGAUGGCUGCUCUUUUCUCCAUGAACGUCUGCACCAUUGAGAGAUUUUACAUGCUUUGUUUUCCUUUGACGUCCCGCGCCUUUUUCUUGUCCAAACGUCCUUUUAUCCUAGCCACGGCCUACACACUGCUAGCUCCACUUGCUGUGUGUGUUGUCAACAUGGUGGCUAACUACGUCACAAGCGAACAGCUGGGAUACGGCGGGGACUAUGUCUGUUUCAUCACGUCCAAAAUCUCAAGAAUCGCGUCGUUUGCUGUCCCUGUGGCGAUCAUUGUCCUGGUCAACAUUUCUCUGAUGACCUUCACGGCCUGUAAACUACGUCGUCGUGGCUCGUCCACUCAGCUCCAGUCCUCGGUACAGUCCAAGCUAGGUCUGGUUGCCAUGGUGCGUCUGUCUGUUGUCACUGGACUUAUGUGGCUGCUGGCGUUUCUCUACGAUGUAUCCAACAACAAGUAUGUGGACUACGUCAUCACAGCUCUGAUUGGUCUACAUGGCGUUGUCCUGUUCUAUAGCCUCGUUAUAAACAAAAGAGUCGCUCAACUAUUUUUAGAUAUGUGUCGCACAAAACAGACAAGCAGCUCACGUUCAAAAGAGGAAUCUUCAACAACCCAACCCAUCAUGGGUGGCAGGAAGCACGUCCAUGAACCGACGCUGUCUGCUAGUUCGGGUAUUCCCACAAUAAGCACUGACUUCAAUAGUGGUAAAAUCUCAAGCAUCACAAGCGAGAGCAACAUGUAA